AUGUGUACCUAUCGGCUCAAAGCACGUAACAGACCUCGCAAACCGAAAACGCCUGUACUGACAGAGAUCUCCAACUCUGAAACUCCCGAGGAUUCUCAAGGUGAUAGCAUGUAUCCAGCCUCUAUCGCAGCUUCCAACGGUGGGGGCGAGUCUGGGACUCAUGAACAGCUUGUCUAUGGUCCGACGUCAACUUUUGCAUUUCUACAGACUUUACAUGAUGAGCUGAUUCAUAGGCGUAUCCUUGAAUUCAAAAAUAAAGCUCAAAGUUUAGAUGCCUUUACUAAAAGAACUAUCUUCUUUGGUCUACCAUCAAGAGUUGACCCGCUCUCACUUCCCUCAGAACAACGAAUGGAAGACAUUCUUCUGAAGUCUACCGCCAUCGAAUUCUUACAAGCUUUCGAAAAAUACUCUUCCCAUGCUUUGCCGUUUAUAAAGGUCGAUAACAAUCAGAUGUUGUUGGAUAGCCUCUACAAUGCUGGAGCUGACAAUGCGUCAAUGUCACAAGACAAAGCUCGACUGCUUAUGAUACUCGCCAUCGGCGCACUCAGCACCUCUGAAACCGACACGGCAGAGACAAUCUUGAUACAUGCUAAGCGUGAGGUCGUCCUGUUUGGCGAUGUCGCAACAUUGCCAAUGGUUCAGUUCUGUCUCUUGAUGUCGGAAUAUCACCUGAACAUGGGCCGCCCUAAUGCUGCAUACUUGCAAGUUUGUUCGGCUUGCACCAGAGCUAUGUCUAUGGGUCUACAUAGUCAGGUUGAGGUUGAUGCAGUUGGGGAGGACUUGCAGCUGCGCUUGACUACAUUCUGGGCACUGUACUUUCAGCAAACAUGGAUCUGCUUCAUCGUUGGAAGAAAGGAAAUCAUUAAAAGGUCUGAUAUCUCCUGCCAGUACCCAGAUGAUCAACCCAUGCUCGUUGAUCUUUGCAAUCUGGCAGCUAUCCAGGAAGAGGCAACAUCAUGUCCGAACGGGCAAAGAUACUGCUCGCUAUCCCAGAUGUACGGAAACACACGAAAGCUUCAUCUGAGAAGUUGGGAUGUUUGUGGAGACCUUUGGUUCGGACCUAGUCCCCUUCGAUGCCAAGGAUCAGGGGCGGAUAAAAUGGCACAGCUUUUAGUCUGUAACACCUACUAUCACUUCAUUCAUACUGUGUAUCGACCAUUCCUCAUCGCCGAGUCGGCACUUAGAGCUUCAGGUCAGUUUGAAAGAGCCAAUGCGAUCUGGAUACGACAAGUGUGUAGAUGUGCCACAGACGCCGCAGAAGACUCGAUUGUGCUCACCCACCAGAUCUUCAAAAGUGUAGAUACCAAAGGGCAUAACUCAAUACGUGGUCUCAAAGCAAAACUCCUCAUUCUCCUUCAGUUGCUGACCGACAACUUGACGCGGCUCGCAACAUUCGACUGUUUUCAUUAUAUUCGCUGGGUAAAAAAGGAGAUCAUUGCCAUCCUCGUCGUCUUAGGCAGUGCGAGCUUUCUCGGAUGGGCCCUCAGCGCAUCCUUCGUCCUCGAAACGUACUGCAUUCGACGCAGUAGAAUACAUCGCUUCAACCACCUUUCCUCUGAUGGGUCGGCUGCAUGGGCCCUGGUCACGGGAGCUUCUGGCGGAAUUGGAUAUGAGAUUGUUCGCGAGCUCGCAAGGAGAGGCUUUAACGUGAUUCUCCAUGGGCGGGACGAACAGGAUCUACUAACCGCCAUGGUGCGGAUACACGAGGAGUUUCCUGUUCCAAAGUUUAAGAUCCUUGUCGCUGAUCCAACUGUCCUUGGAAUCUUGGUCGACUGUGCAGAAGGAAAAGCCAAGGAAACCAACCUUGAAUCAAUUAUCGAAGAAAAUGAAAAGACUAUUCUAAAGAACAUCAACGUUGACGCUCUCUAUCCAAUACAACUCUUUCGCACUCUUCUUCCGACCCUAAUUGACAACGGUCCAUCUCUUUUAAUGAACAUCACCUCCCUAAGCGACAAAGGCAUCCCACUCAAAAUCGAAACCCCAGCAAGCCGGACAUUCCUUUCUAGAAUGACCGAAUCCUCGGCUCUGGAAAUGAAACUCGAGGGUUACGAUGUUGAAGCCUUGUGUGUACAGGUGUCGAGACAUAUGGAUCAAACGGACAGCAGGCUUGCCAAAGCAAUCAUUGCGAGAGCCGGUAACCGCCGGAGUGUUGUUGUCGGUCAUUGGUAUCAGUUUCUUUACAAAGGUCUAAUCGAUUUGCUUCCUGGACGGCUGUGGGACUGGUGCAUGAUACACUACAUUCGUGGGAAGAGAGAUAACGAAUUCAAGGGAAGUUAA